GAGGUUGUCCGGGAAACUACCAGCAGGGUGAUGUCAUUUAUCUACGGGGAUGCAGAGCAAUUCAAUGCUAUUCAGGUUAUACCAGCACCGUAAGCUGCAGUACCUCUGAUGUUGAAUACGACCGUACAUCUUGCUAUCUCCGCUACAACACGGAGUUAAACUACCCUUACUGCUGCAGGCCAAAUGUUGUGUGUGUUGGUGACGAGGGGUUCGACGAGACACAGCUUGCUGGAAAUACGGAUGGCGGAAGUCUAUCUGGCUACCAGAAAUAA